AUCCAGAGCAUCAAGGUCAGAAACCAGGAGUUCGGGCUGAGCAAGAACGAGCCCUCCCAGCCCUUCUACUAUGCCCAGUUCGACGGGAUCCUGGGCAUGGCUUACCCCUCGCUGGCCGUGGGAGGGACGCCCACCGCGCUGCAGGGCAUGCUGCAGCAGAACCAGCUCACCCGGCCCAUCUUCAGCUUCUACUUCUCCCGCCACCCCACCUACAACUACGGGGGGGAGCUCAUCCUCGGAGGAGUGGACAGGAGGCUGUUCACCGGGGAGAUCGUGUGGGCGCCGGUGACCCAGCAGCUGUACUGGCAGGUGGCGAUUAACGAGUUUGCCAUCGGACAGUCGGCCACGGGCUGGUGCAGCCAGGGCUGCCAGGCCAUCGUGGACACGGGGACGUUCCUGCUGACGGUGCCCCAGCAGUACAUGAACAGCUUCCUGCAGGCCAUGGGCGCCCAGGAGACCAGCUACGGGGUAAGUGCAGGGCCUGCUUCGGAUGUGAGCAUGGAGCUGGGGGGCUUGCGAGUGAGACAGAAACCCUGGGAUUGAACAGAUCCUGCAAAAACCCUGCGGGGUCUGCAGAGCACG